CUCCCUGCUGGAGUUGGUUCAGGGCAGUGCUGACUUUACAACCCUCCAAUGUCAAUUGUUCCUGAGGUGCUGGUGGAUACUGAAUGCUGUGGUUCAGGAGCUCAAAAUCAUUUUUUACCUCCUUCUGAGAGAAGAAAAAGAAAGACCUGUGGUCCCCAAAACAAUCAAGACCUUUCUCAGCACACAGGCAGACUGCUCUAAUCAGAACUGCAGAGCACUGCUGCGGGACCUUUGCUGACUGCUGUGGCCUGUGUGGUGAGCACUCAGGGGCUGAAGAAAAUGCCACUGGUGAGAUCGCUGUCCAUGACAUCUCUGAAUGGGCUUCUUCAGUGUGAGGAUGAAGACCUGCCUGUGGAGGAAUUGUUGCUGUUUGAAAUUUCUUGGGAAGUCACCAACAAAGCCUGUGCCAAGUUACAACCUCUGACACAGAAAACAUUGGCCUCUCAGUUACAGCUCUACUCUGUCCGAGCAAGCAAAGUGGGAGGCAUUUACACUGUGAUCCAGACAAAAGCCAAAACUACGGCAGAUGAAUGGGGUGAAAACUAUUUCCUGAUUGGCCCCUAUUUUGAGCAGAAUGUGAAGACUCAGGUGGAAUUCUCUGAACCUCCAAACCCUGCAGUUAAGAAAGCAAUGGACACCAUGAAAAGCCAAGGGUGUCAGGUGUUUUUUGGAAGAUGGCUGAUAGAGGGCAGCCCUUAUGUCAUACUCUUUGAUAUAGGAUCAGCAGCUUGGAACCUGGACAGGUGGAAAGGUGAAUUUUGGGAAGUCAGCAACAUAGGGAUUCCUUUUCAUGACCGAGAAGCCAAUGAUGCUGUGAUUUUUGGAUCAUUAACAGCCUGGUUUUUGAAAGAGCUUUCCUGUCAGUUUGAUGACAAGCCCAAUAUAAUUGCCCACUUCCACGAGUGGCAGGCAGGAGUGGGUUUAAUCCUGUCUCGAUCACAGAAACUUCCCGUCGCCACAAUUUUUACUACCCAUGCGACUCUGCUUGGGAGAUACUUGUGUGCAGCCAGUAUUGACUUUUAUAACAAUCUGGACCAGUUUGACAUUGACAAGGAGGCUGGAGAGAGGCAGAUUUACCAUCGGUACUGUAUGGAGCGGGCAUCUGUGCAUUGUGCCCAUGUGUUCACCACAGUCUCCCAGAUCACAGCUACAGAAGCAGAACAUAUGCUUAAAAAAAGCCCUGAUGUUGUCACCCCAAAUGGCUUGAACAUUAAGAAAUUUUCAGCAAUGCAUGAGUUUCAGAAUUUGCAUUCCAUGUACAAGGCUAGGAUCCAAGAGUUCAUUCGAGGUCAUUUCUAUGGCCACCUUGACUUCGAUCUUGACAAGACCUUGUUUUUCUUCAUUGCUGGGAGAUAUGAGUUUUCCAACAAAGGAGCUGAUAUGUUUCUAGAAGCCUUAUCAAGAUUAAACUUUUUACUGAGGGUUCACAAGACUGAUGUUACAGUUAUCGUGUUCUUCAUCAUGCCAGCAAAGACCAACAAUUUCAAUGUGGAAACCUUGAAAGGACAAGCAGUCCGGAAGCAGCUCUGGGACACUGCACAAUCUGUGAAAGAAAAGUUUGGAAGGAAACUCUACAAUGCCUUGCUGAAAGGAGAAAUCCCAGACCUGAACAAGAUUCUUGACCGAGAUGACAUAAGCAUUAUGAAAAGAGCCAUCUUUUCAACUCAGAGACACUCUCUGCCUCCAGUGACCACCCACAACAUGAUUGAUGACAGCAGUGACCCAAUCCUCAACACCAUCCGGCGCAUUGGGCUGUUCAACAACCGCACAGACCGCGUGAAGGUGAUCCUACAUCCAGAGUUUCUUUCUUCAACUAGCCCCUUGCUGCCCUUGGACUAUGAGGAGUUUGUUAGAGGCUGCCACCUUGGUGUAUUCCCAUCAUACUAUGAACCCUGGGGCUACACUCCAGCUGAGUGUACUGUGAUGGGCAUUCCCAGUGUAACCACAAACCUCUCUGGAUUCGGCUGUUUCAUGCAGGAACAUGUUGCUGACCCAGAAGCUUAUGGGAUCUACAUUGUGGACAGGAGGUUCCGCUCACCGGAUGAGUCGUGCAACCAGCUGACACAGUUCCUGUAUGGGUUCUGCCAGCAGAACCGGCGUCAGAGGAUCAUCCAGAGGAACCGCACUGAGCGCCUCUCGGACCUCCUGGACUGGAAGUACCUGGGCAGGUAUUACAUGCAUGCCAGACACUUGGCCCUCAGCAGAACAUUCCCAGAUAAAUUUGAGAUGGAACCAAGUGCUCCACCAAAGACGGAAGGUUUCAGAUUCCCCAGACCUUCAUCGGUGCCGCCAUCACCCUCUGCCUCUCAGCAUUCCAGCCCUCACCACAGUGAAGCUGAGGAUGAAGAUGAGGAUGAGAGAUACGACGAGGAUGAGGAAGCUGAAAGGGAUAGGCAGAACAUCAAGUCCCCCUUUUCCCUUGGAGCCUUGCCACAAGGAAAAAAGAAGCAGCAUGGGGAAUACAGGAACUGAACUCGUUGCUCUCACCCUGGCAUUGCUUCCCAUCCACUCAACAGUUUCUCCUGUAGGCUUGGCAAGCUUUUGUUAAGGACAGUGUGAUGUAAUUAGGGGAACCUUAAAUGUUACUUGAGCUACACUUUUGGAAAGCCUAAUAUUAUUUCACCUUGAAAGUAGUUUAAAUGACAAUUUUUCUGUGCUCCUUUGAGGUAGAAGAGAUUUUUCAGGCUUAAUAAAACUAGAGAAUGAGACAAUCCCCUCAGGAGCUUAUACAAACUGCAGAUUUUCCUUUGUCUGUGGAAUCAUCUGUAUUAAUCAUAGUCUAGACAAAUAGCUACAUUUUGGGUAUCCCAAAGGAAUUUCUGCUUCAUUUAUGUUUCCCCUUUUCCCCUCCUAAACUAACAUGAACUUUAAACCAGAGCUCAAAAAAUUAGAGGGAAAAAAAAGUGUUACAAUGGAGAAAUAUUGAAAGAGUUUAAAAAGAUACACUGAAAAGAAAAUGGUCUUUCUUCUUCCUGAUGCUGUUUAUUGUAAGCUUACGUAACAAUUUUUAACAGCACACAGAAGUGUCUUAAUCCAGCAGUAAAACGUACUUCCUGUGGAACAGUAUAAAGUCUUAUGCAGUGGACAUUUGAAUUUUAGAAACAAAUUAAGUCAUCUUUGUGACGUCAUUUAGACCAACAAUAAACAGCAGACCAUUUAUUUUCUGAUUCCUUUGGUAUGUCUCUUUUAUUUUCAUCUUGUUGUAGAUUCUAAGUUUGUUAACAAUCUGGUUUGGGAGGAAAUUAAUGUAACUUGGCUAAAGGGAAUGACAAAAUUUCCUUGAGUGGCACCUUCCCCUGCAGACAAGAAGCCACAGACCGAUGUGACAGCAUUAAGGAUCAGUAAUUUCCAUUAGUCCAUGUUUUCUAUUUCACUUCUUCUAGAAGAGACCUAAUCCUAACAAAUAAUGCUAAAAAACUUUAAGAUGUAAUUUUGAAAAGCACUUGAGACUUCAAAGUUCUUGGGGAGUAACUGAUCCUCAUAACAAGAACUAAACAUUUCAUUUGCCUUAGAAAACUUUUAGAAGUAUUUCAGCUCCUGGAGAUGCCUGAACAGGCUCUUCAGAAGCACCUUGUCAUGAAGAGGUUAGAGAUCAAUAUCUUGUUUUUCAAGUUUGUGCAUCAAAAAUUUCUCAUGCUUCUCAAGAGAAGACAUUUCCAGAACUUUAUUCAGCCUGUCUUUCAGCAGGUAGGACAAUGUAAGCUUUGGAGGUAUUUAGCUUUCCUGUCAAUUGCAGGGGGAGCCUAGAUGUCCAACUUCGGUUAGGCUUCUACCUUUCAAACACUUAACCAAUGCUUGAUGACAUGGUUCUGACUAUAGGCCACUUAGAAUAAAAGUGACAAUGUGC